AUGAAGCCCUUCUUCACUUCAACAUUCCUCUGCAUCUCUCUCAUCUGUCUACUUCUCUGCACUCUCUCAACUCUCGCUGAUUACUGUCAAUGUGGUGCACAAUGUAGUGCAUACACGGACGGCACAAAAUGCACACGAUGUUGCACACAUUCUGUAAAACGCCGUGCUCUCAAUUUCGACCAACUUCCACAAGAACAAAGGCAAAUCUACGAGGAGAAUCGUGUGGUUGUUGAUCCAAUUUUAGCGCGAAUUUUGGCGUUUUUAAGGACUAAUGAUGUGUGA